ACGCUCAAGCAUUUUUCUUCGACUUAUCCAUCCACCUCACUACCUUGUCUUGGUAGCCGCACGUUUCAAACACAUCAACACAAACACACGAAGAACAGAAAAUAAUCACCAUCUCGGAAAAAACACACAAUACAGUUUGAAGUUUGAACAAGCUCCACCGAACAACAAAAUCUUUUUCUUUCUUUCUUUGUUCAUGUUUUCCAACCAGGUUCACGUGUUCCGCUCUCCAUUUCGCGUUCUGAAAUAUCCACGCACGAAAACCCCACCCAACACGCGUCUCUUCCUUCUUCUGCUUCAUGCCAACAACAACAACAACACAAACGCUGGCACAUCACCAACCUUCCUCUGUUCAUCACUCAGUGAUGACUCCUUUUCCACCCCAAAACCAAACCAGUUGGGUUACAAUCCUUCAGAGGAACUGUUUGGUCUGGAGGAACUCAAGCCAAGCACGGCUAAUUCUCAUACACCAGAACCAAGGUCCUGGUUUGGUCCAAAUGGACAGUAUAUCAGAGAGCUACCUUGUCCAAGUUGCCGGGGAAGGGGUUAUACCCCUUGUACAGGUACAGAGUGUGGAAUAGAAAGAUCAAGGCCAGACUGUCCAAAAUGUUAUGGAAAGGGUAUACUGACUUGCCACCAGUGCUCUGGAGAUCGUGUUAUAUGGGAGGAAUCAAUUGAUGAACAACCAUGGGAGAGGGCCCGUUCUAUCUCCCCACUUAAAGUGAAGGAAGAUGAUGAAGUUGACAAAUUAGACAUAAAGCUAGAUGUGAAGAAAAAAUCCAAGCGUGUUUACCAGUCUCCACCUCCAGAAGUUGGAUUAAAGAUCAGUCGUUCAUUAAAAAGUCUCAAUGCCAAAACUGGUCUAUUUAGCAACAGAAUGAAGAUUAUCCACCAGGAUCCCAAGCUUCAGGCACAGCGUGUGGCUGCUAUCAAGAAAGCCAAGGGAACUGUUGCAGCAAGAAAGCAUACUUCCAAAAUUAUGAAAGCUUACUUUAGUGAUCCAGUAAACCGUCAGAAAAGGAGCAUGGCCAUGAAGGGUGUGAAAUUCUACUGCCAAAACUGUGGACGUGAAGGGCAUAGGAGACACUACUGUCCAGAACUCAAUGAUAGCUUGGUUGAUCGGCGAUUCACGUGUAGGCUCUGCGGGGGGAAAGGCCACAACAGAAGAACAUGUAGAAAGUUAAAGAUAAGCCUUAGCAAUGGAAGAACAAUAAAACACCAUCAGUGCAAAAUAUGUCACCAAUUCGGCCAUAACCGCAGGACCUGCCCUCAAGCUGUUCCUUUUGCUGUUCCUAGUAAACGAAGGAACGCGGCCUCUCGAAGACCAUACAAAUGUAGGUUGUGUAAGAAGGAGGGGCAUAAUAUUAGGACAUGUCCAAGUAGGACAGUUGUUACUGAGAAUCCUCAAGAUUAAUAAUCCUACUCAUGUCAAACAUAAAAUUUUCAACCUAAAUCUUAUCAUGGAUAGUAAUUGAAGCUAGAAGAGCUUUAUAUAUUAUGUUUGCUCUUUAACUA